GAGUGUAGAGCGAGCUACUGAAAGAGCCGGCAACGAAGAACAUUGAGGUUAUAGGCGCGCAAAAAGCUGAGAGCGCGGAAACUUUCACAUCGGAGGACGAAAACCCCGUUUCGGUCGGACGGGACACUUGUUUGUGUUUCAUAAAUACAAUCAGCCGACACAAAUCUUUGUAUUAAACACGUAUUUCGAGUAUGGAUUGCGGCUGAGAAAUUCGAGUUUUCCUAUAUCGUCGAUAUCUGUCGCACACCUACCAAACAGUUGGACAAUUGUAAUUGCUUAAAGGAAAAUACGUUAAAUUUGUACAUCAACGAAUUCUGAGGAUACACACCAGCAUUGACAAUGGAGCAGUGUUCCACACCAUAAAUCUGUCGUUUUUCUUAAAAACACGCUACCAACAUUUUUUUUCAUUCUCCAACAAACUUCUUUCCGUUGCAGUUGGGAUUGAACGGUACUGGUUUAAAUUACAUAUCUGCUGAGCGGACGUCAGAGGGAUGAUUUAAUCAGUUUGUAUUAUGCUGAAAUGGUUCCAAAUGGUCAAGAUGAUAUUUGACUUUUUGAAGCGUAUUUUUGGGCUGGUGGAUGAGGAAUCACGCAAGCGUCCUGCGGAAGAUGUCAGCGAUGAUUAUAUGACAAGCGUCGUGAGUCCGAAGAAACACUGCUGUGAUCGUGUGGGAACGCGGAUAGGUAGAUCGAUCUAUGCGGAUGAGAACGAAGAGGAGGAGAUUGAAUACCUCGGACAGUUGCACUAUUCACCGACUCGUUCGAAGGAACUUUUAAACGGGAAGAGCUGUACAAAACGAAAGUUUGGAAGUGGUUGCCAACAGCAACAGCAGCAUAUCCAAACUUAUAGUAGGAAUUUCGCGGCGCAGAUGAAUGGGAAGGAACAGAAAGGCGCUAAUUCAACGAUGAAUAAUAUGUCGAGAAUAUCGAGCUUCGAAGCAAAAUGUUCAACAUUGACCAAGACGAAUCAACUCCGAGAGAAACAAGAAUAUGGUCAACUGUUGCAACGAUUUUUGCCGGUAAAGAGCACUAAUCCGCCAUGCGUGAAAGCUCAAUACGAGGCGCCGAAUCAGAGGAGGCAAGCGCCUCCUCUGGUAGAUCUUUCAAAAACUCCGAUAAAGAGUACGCCCGAGACGAGUCGUGAGAGACGAGAAGUAUUCGCAACGCCUGUGUCAUCGACACCCGUGAAAUGGUACACGCCAAAGGAGACAAAAAAUGAUGGGGAAAUUUCAAUAAUUUCAGCAAGAAAGUCGUUGGGCGCGAGACCGAAAAACGAUGGAAUAUCGAUUUUGAAGAUGAAAACACAGAGCGGAAGAGUUGCUACGCCAAUCGUUACGAAAGUCAUACCAACGAUACGACUCGACGAACCAAAAGAGUCGAUACGAGCGAAAGAGACGAAAGAAACGGCGGAGACGUCGACGAGCUUGUCACUGCGCAGCGACGAAGCCUCUACAUCGAGGAAGAGUUAUGCUGAUAUGAUACAGACGAAUACGCUUCGCGAUAAUCUUGCUGCCAAGGCAGUCAUGAAGCGUGAUUUCGUGCCGAAAAUAUCGAGCCAAUAUAACGAGCGACGUGAGCAAAAGAUAAAGGAAGUGGAAGAACUCAAACGUAUGACAUGUUUGCUUUCAAAGCGCAACAGACUCGUGAGAGAGGCUGCACUCGAGGAGCAGUUGACCCGUUCAAUGCGACUGUGCGAAGCCGUGCUCGAUGAAACCGAGGAGCUUGACGAAGCAGCUCUACCGGAGCUCACGCCGCAAAUGCUCCUGGAGAUAAAACAAGCUCUUAUACCUAAUCCACCGAACCAAGUUCUCGUCGAGAGUUUCGGUCUUCGCAUAACUCGAAAAGAUAUUCACACGUUGUCUGGGCUCAACUGGCUCAACGACGAAGUUAUUAAUUUUUAUAUGAAUCUCCUUAUCGUCAGAGGCACAAACAGCGAUAAAUAUCCAAAAGUACACGCAAUGAAUACAUUCUUCUACCCGAAAUUAUUGUCCGGUGGACACUCCUCCCUCAAACGUUGGACUCGAAAGGUUGAUGUAUUCGCCCAAGAUCUUCUCGUCGUUCCAAUUCACCUUGGAAUCCAUUGGUGUAUGUCGAUUAUCGAUUUUCGCAACAAAACCAUUCGCUACUUCGACAGUAUGGGUGGAAGUAAUCCGACCUGCCUCAAUGCUCUUCAAAAAUAUUUAGAGGACGAGAGUCUCGACAAGAAGAAAAAGCCUUUUGAUACGAGCGGUUGGAAAUUGGAAUCUGUCACGAAGACACCACAACAAAUGAACGGCAGCGACUGCGGUGUAUUUUCCUGCAUGUUCGCCGAAUACAUAACAGCUAAUAGAAAAAUCACCUUCACCCAACAGGACAUGCCCUACUUCAGAAACAAAAUGGUCUAUGAGAUACUCAAAGCCAAACUCUUGUAAACAAUUUGUAUUCAUCUUUUUUAACGAGUUUGAAAAAGUCCGUGAGAACCCUUCCCUUUUUCUCUCUCGUAUAUUUAAGAAAAAACAAACGAAAAAAAAACCUAUAUAAAUAUAUAUAUAAUAAAAAUUGAAAAAUAAUGAUUGCGGGAGUAACUUCUGAGUGUUUUUGUAGAGCGGUACGAUGAAUAAACCGAGGUUUCCAAUCUUUA